AUGACCAAUAAAGGAGGGUCAAAAGGUCAUGAAAGGUCACCAAAAGGUCAAAGGUCAAAGGUCACUAAUCAAUUUCAGUGUCGUACAUCAUCAGCGAGGCCACACCACCAAGCGCCGCUGAAAUGCCCUCAAGAGACCGCCGUGCAGACGGAUGGAGCCCUUCCGCUCCUGAUCGAAUGUGUUGAAUGCUCCUCAAAUUUAGCCACAUCCCAAAAUUCCUCUUCACAGCAGUUAGCGGAAAAAUUCUUUUGA